GGCGGUGCCAGAGUAAGGGGCGGGGAGAUAGAGGAAGCAGGCUCCGUGUGGCAGGGCUGGGGGCAGUGCAGGACAUGGAUCCGGCUCAGGCGCUGUGGGGCUCGGCGCUGUGGGGCUCGGCGCUGUGGGGCUCGGCGCUGCUAGUGUUGGGGAUCGUCCUGCAGUGUGAGGCGCUGCGGGCAGUGAGCGGGAAGGGGCUGCGGGACGGGCUGCCCAAGGAGCUGCUCCGGGAAGUGAUCUGUACCUUCCAGCUGUGCUGCUGUGUCCGGGAACAGGCGCUGCUGGGAUGGGAGGGCGCCCUGACCCCCCGCCUGGGCCUGACACUCACCUUCCUACUCAGCCUGCUGCAUGGACUCACUGCCCGGGCCGUGUGCAACCCUAGCGGCAGCCUGGAGCGCUACCUGCGGGGGGAGGAGGCGGCCCCCCAGUCCUGCCUGCGGCUCUGCGCUCAGUUCCUGGGAGCCUGGCUGUCCCGCCUGGCCAUGCCGUGCUACUGGCUGCUGGGCCUCUCCCCCCUGCAUGGGCCCCAGGCCUCUCACUGUCCCCGGAGCCCCCUGCAAGUGGCCCUCCUGCCCGGGGCCGGGGUGGAACUGCUGUGCUCCCUGGGCAUGUUCUGCCUCCUCCGCCACCUGCCCCGGCUCCCCCCUCCCUUCCGAGUCCAAACCGCUGCCCUGGCCAUCACCGGCCUCGUCUGGCUAGGUGGGAGCCUCACGGGAGCGGUGUUCAACCCGGCCUUGGCCUACGCUCUCCUGUUUCACUGUGAGGGGAACACCUUCCCCGAAUACGCACUGGUGUACUGGGCCGGGCCUGUUACAGGGAUGCUCCUCUCCGUCCUGCUCUGUGACACGUCGGUUCCUAUACUUGGAAGAAAGACCCAAAAAGAAAAUAUUCCAGCCGGGUCACCCAAAAAGACCAACUGAGAAUCCAAAAACGGACCCCGGCGGCUCCUGUUGCCAGAGAUGGAGCGACGCCCGGGAGGUUCUGGUUCUGGGAUAGUUACUGACACAAUGUGAAGGCAUUUAUAUAGGCAGGACUGGACCUUGCACCAGUUCCUAACGACUCUUUUAUAUUGGGGCAAAAUGAAUGUAGCAGCAGUUUUUUUAUUGGGGCUGUUUUUUUAAGAAAACCCUGUAGCAAAGCCUCUGCUGGCUGAGGAUGCUGGGACUUGCAGUUCCUGACAAUCAAGGCAAACUCUCUAUUACAAUGUUGGAGAAGGGCAUUUACCCUGUUAUUGCCCCUGGGGAGGGGUAAGUGGGAGUGAGGUACACGUGCCUGUAUAUAGUGUGCAGGCUUAAUCCCUGGGUAUGAGCCAGCUCAGCUCCUCUCAUCCUCCCCCUGCACUAAGCUCUAUUUAGUAUCUGCCCCCCCCAGUGCCCAAUACAGAUGCCCCUUAUACCCCCGGUACAACACUCGGCACAAUGGAGCAUCGCUGGAAGGCAGAAACUGCACGCGCUGUUAAUACCAAUAGAAGAAACAAACUGGUAUUCUGAGUCUUCUACUGAUGGGCGGGGCAAGGGGAGGGGCAUAGAAACUUGAUAGGUCUUCUCUUGUGUGUGGGCGGGGCAUAAAUACACUAGUGUAUUUUUUUAAUGUUUUUUUUUUAAAGAGCUUGUAAUUUUUUUAAUUAUCCACCCACUGCCUCCUAGAGACCCCAAACUGUGAAGCAUUUCGUGUUCAAUUCACUCGACUCUAUGCUGCUAAUCGGAUCGGUGCUAUAGCGGGGUUGCCACGGCGCUGGGAAGGUUAAAGGGGAAGCUAACUUUUGGUAUGUUAUAGCGUUUCCUACAACUUUGCAA